GCUGGCGGCCGGAGGCGGCACCGGUGAGGGGACCCGCGGCCGUGGCGAGAACGCGCCCAGCCCCGCCGCGAUGCCCCCGCGCCCAAGACGCCUCCUCCCGCUGCUGGCCCGGCUGCCGGCCUUCACCACGCUACUACUGCUGCUCGGCAAUGGCGGCGGCGGCGGGCGCUGGGGCGCCCGGGCCCAGGAACCGGCAGCGGAUGGCUCCCCCGCGGCCGGCAGCGGAGACCGGCAGGACCCGCACGCCAAGCACCUGUACACGGCCGACAUGUUCGCGCACGGGAUCCAGAGCGCCCCGCACUUCAUCAUGUUCUUCGCGCCUUGGUGUGGACACUGCCAGCGGCUGCAGCCAACUUGGAAUGACCUGGGAGACAAAUACAACAGCAUGGAGGAUGCCAAGGUCUAUGUGGCUAAAGUGGACUGCACGGUCAACUCGGAUGUGUGUUCUGCCCAGGGCGUGCGGGGAUACCCCACCCUAAAGUUUUUUAAGCCCGGCCAAGAACCAGUGAAGUACCAAGGUCCGGACUUCCAGGCACUGGAAAACUGGAUGCUGCAGACUCUGAAUGAAGAGCCGGCUACACUAGAGCCCGAAGUAGAACCACCCAAAGCCCCUGAACUCAAGCAGGGCUUGUAUGAGCUCUCAGCCAGCAACUUUGAGCAGCACAUUGCACAAGGCAACCACUUUAUCAAGUUCUUCGCUCCAUGGUGUGGUCAUUGCAAAGCUCUGGCCCCGACCUGGGAGCAGCUGGCUCUGGGCCUUGAACAUUCCGAAGCUGUCAAGAUUGGCAAGGUCGACUGUACACAGCACUACGGACUUUGCUCUGAAAACCAGGUCCGGGGCUAUCCAACCCUGCUCUGGUUCCGAGAUGGUAAGAAGGUCGAUCAGUACAAGGGAAAGCGUGACUUGGAGUCACUGAAAGACUAUGUGGAGUCACAGCUGCAGGGUCCAGAGACGGGAGCCCCAGAGACCAUCCAGCCCUCAGAGGCCCCAGUGCUAGCUGCUGAGCCUACAGGCGACAAGGGCACUGUGCUGGCACUCACUGAAAAGAACUUCGAUGACACCAUUGCAGAGGGAAUAACCUUUAUCAAGUUCUAUGCUCCAUGGUGUGGCCAUUGUAAGAAUCUGGCUCCUACUUGGGAGGAACUCUCCAAAAAGGACUUCCCUGGUUUGGCAGAGGUCAAGAUUGCUGAAGUAGACUGCACAGCUGAGAGGAAUAUUUGCAGCAAGUACUCGGUACGAGGCUAUCCCACAUUGUUGCUUUUCCGAGGAGGUGAAAAAAUCAAUGAACACAGUGGAGGUAGAGACCUUGACUCCUUACACCACUUUGUUCUACACCAGGCAAAGGAUGAACUAUAGCAAUCCUGGUGGAAGAAGUCACCUGUCCUGCCUGGUCUCCUCUACGCAGCGUAUAGGAGUCACAUCGUAUGGAUGUCUGAAUAUCAAAGGGUGGCUAUUCAGAAAGCUGAAUGUACCAAACUUGUGGUGUCUUCUAUGUGUGUGUUUAAGCCAACACACUACGGAUUCUCUAAGUUUCUCUAAGUAAAUGUGUAACUCAUGGUCACUGUGCAAACUAAAUGUUUUCAGUGGCAAUCCAUCCCUUAACCUUCUCUUGACAAAAUUAAAUGGUUUCCUUUGAGACUAAAAUAGAGUGGAGGAAAAUCAAAUUGCUGGACUAUGUUUGGCUUCUGGGUGAUUUUGGCAAAAGCAUCAUCCAGAAGCAUCAUUUUGAUCUGCCUGAGUUUUCAAAACGUGGUCUGUGGCCACCUUUGAUAUUCCUUUCAGCCAAAGGUCACAAUUGACUUAAUAAUGUGAUCAGGCUAUAAUUUAGAGGUUUCAAAACAAAAACUCACACCCUCUGGAAGAAACCUUCCUGGCCACUGCUUGGCUUCAGUUUCUGUCAGUAAUUCUCUCCUGGAGAGGUUAGCCAUAAUGAAAGCAGCUGUACUUCUGAUGUGCGCUUCAGUAUGGCCACACUGAGGCCAUCGCCUUCUGUGCAUGUUGAUCCUUGUUAGAUCAGGUGUCGUUCAAAGGAUCCUCCUGUUUGUUUCACAUGGGGUGAAAGGUUUCAUUUGCUCAUUAUAUGAACACAAAGCCCAAGUCUAUGUGAACAUUAAGCUGUCUUCCCUAGAAAAUGGUGAGUCGGCACUACCCUGUCACCUUGUAGAAAAAUUCUGGUACUUGCUGCCUGGGAUGACAGGACAAGAUGGCUUUCCAAGGCCUGGGUACUAGGGACACUGUGUAGCUCCACUCUGGGGCCCCCAAUAGAUACUGUUUCUCAUUCUGUUCCUAAAUAGUCCUUUUAGAGAGUCUGCUGUUUGUUGUCUGCCCUGAAGGAGGUCGACCUUCUAAUGUAUGAACAAUGGAAUUCAUUUGAACUCAAGACCAAAGACUGAAUCAGUAGGAUAGCUCCAGCCCUGGUGUGAACAGGUGGGGUUCAUGCUAAAGUCCUUCUACAUCAUGCCACUCUGGUUCUUAAACAUUGUUAACUGUCACCCUUGAAAUAAGCAACUAGAGAGAGGACUAAGCUCAAGACAGGUACCUAUUCAUAAUGACCACUCUGUCCAACACCAUUCAUCUCCCUCCCAAGUGCAAGGUGAUAUCUACAUUUGGCACAAAGCAACUAUGGUAGGACUUUCAAAAACAAGACCACUUCUUUCUGAGGCAGAAGGUAACAGAGCAGUGUCUUGGCCAGCUUCUGCCUUAAAAGAAAUCUUUAUUAAUCACAUGUAGUUCACAGAUGGUCUUGAAGAAAAUCCAGCUUUCUAGAGAAGCCUAGCCAUCACAAGUGGCUCCAGCUUUGCAUCAUGAGUCUUGUAUUGAAAGAAAAUCAAAGUGGUACAAUUUGUUUACACUAUUCUUUCUAAAUAAACUC